GAAAAGAAUUAGUUUUUUUUGUUUUGUAAAAUGAAUUGAAUGAAGAGAGAAUAUGAAUCGUAUUAUCAUUGUUAAACGAUACUGUUGAAGACCUGAAUGAAUAGUUGGUGGUUGAAUAAGGAAACCAUCAUCUUUGGUUUUAUACUUUAUCAUAAUGGCGGCAAGUUUCCUAUGCUUCCUUUUGAGAAAGAAAAGUUUUCCAGACGUUCUCACUGUUCCCGUUGUAACGUAGUUCGAUACAAAAGCGGCUUCCCCAAGUUGCCUAACAAAACGACUUUUGAUUUGUAUAUGCAAAAUGUUCACAAUGAAAAACAUCAUACAACUGUCUAUGACUCUCACGACAAAGCAAAUGGGGCGAUACAGAAUAUAGAAACAAAGAUAGAUGCCCAUCUAAAAGUGGAACCUCUAUCGUGGAAACAGAUGGAAGCUGAUCGAGCAACCCCUGGACUAUCCAUCUUACCCGGAGAUUAUGUUGUGCAUAUGAAAUUUGGUGUAGGAAUAUUCAAAGGAACGGAAUACAAGUCUAAAGAUAAUACCAUCUAUCGAGAAUAUUUUAUUGUUCAGUAUAGAGACGGAAAGUUGAAUAUUCCAGUAGAAAGAGCCAACGAAAUACAUCGCUUUCGUUCCAGAGAAUCUGUAGCUGUACAAAGAGUAAGAGCACCUCGACUCGAUAGUUUGCGAAAGAGCUCGAGUUGGGAAAAGAGGAAGAAAAAGGCACUUGUUUCCAUCGAUAAACUUGCAGUGGAUAUUGUCAAAUUGUAUGCCAUUCGAGCAGAACAAAAACGUCCUAGAUAUCCUGCAGAUGAUAUAUUACAAGCCAACUUUAUCAAGUCAUUUCCCUUUGAGUUGACUCCCGAUCAACUUGCUUGUAUCGAAGAUAUUCGAAGAGAUAUGUGUGAAAGAGACUCUCCUAUGGAUCGACUUGUUUGUGGUGAUGUUGGCUUUGGAAAGACGGAAGUUGCUAUGCAAGCUAUAUUUAGAGCUUUUAGAGCUGGAAAACAAGUUGCUUUUAUAUGUCCUACCACAGUAUUAGCAAGUCAACAUUACCGCACUCUACAGAAUAGAAUGGAAGACUUUGGAGUGAAAGUUGCUUUGUUAUCGAGACAUUUUCCAAAGAGAAUGAAAGAGAGACGACAAUUGCAACAAGAUUUGAGUUUGGGUCAUAUUGAUGUUUUGGUUGGUACUCAAUCUUUGUUGUCAAACAAACUAGAAUUUGCAAAACUUUCGCUUUUGAUUAUUGAUGAGGAGCAAUGGUUGGGAGUCAACCAAAAGGAACGCUUGAAGACUAUAUCUACUUCUAUUGAUGUGUUGACAUUGUCGGCAACUCCCAUUCCGAGAACUUUACAUAUGGCAGUUGGUAAUAUUCGAGAUAUGAGUUUAAUAUUGACUCCUCCAAAGGGGCGAUUGGCAGUGGAGAAUUUUGUAUUGGCUUUUGAUGAUCCCUUAGUGGAUAAUCAUAUUGGAAAGGAACUCGCAAGAAAUGGUCAAGUUUAUAUUGUUUGUCCUCGAAUAGCCGAUAUUGAUCGAAUCGGACAGUUGAUAAAACAAAAGUUUCCUCAUUACCGAAUAUUAUAUGCGGAUGGAACUAUGAAAGAUGUCGAAGAUCGCAUUCUUUCCUUUAGUUUUCAUGAAUAUGAUAUUCUAAUUUCAACUUGUAUUAUAGAAGCAGGAGUGGAUAUUCCAGAUGCGAAUACUAUUAUUGUGUACAGAGCAACUAGUUUUGGUUUAUCACAAUUAUAUCAAAUACGUGGACGUGUAGGUCGUUCGAAAGUUCAAGCAUUUGCUAUUUUCACAUUUGAUCCCAAAGUAGAAAUGACGAAUGAAGCUACCGAACGUCUAAAGGCAUUGGAGCAAUUGAGUUCCUUAGGUAGUGGAUAUGAAGUUGCCAAUCGUGACUUGGAAAUUCGAGGUCCUGGAAGCUUGAUUGGAAUAGAACAGAGUGGAGAAGUUGGUUCCAUUGGCUUUGAGAUGUAUAUGAAUCUAUUAAAAAAUACUUUGGAUCGACUUCGAGGAAAACUGGUUCCUGUUGUUGAAGAUUGUGAAGUGAAUGUAACUUUACCAAGUUAUAUUCCAGAGUCAUAUAUAAAGGUUGAAUCUGAAAGAAUGGCAGCUUAUCGAACUUUGGGACAAGUGACGAAUACAAAAGAAAUGGAUUGGCUUGAAAAUACUUGGAAAUAUAAUUAUGGUGAAUGUCCCUCAUCUGUAUCUUGUUUAUUUCAAGUAUCCAGAAUACAGUUAUUGGCUCGAAAAGUUGGAAUUUCGGCUAUAUGCAUAGAAGAAGACUUUGUGCAAGUUGUAGUAGAAAUGGAAAAGUUAACGUGGGAUUGCCUUUGUGCCACAGUGUUCCAUUCAGUUGAGAAUAAUAAUAAUUCCACACAUCAUGAAUAUUUACGUUCCUUUGUAUUGGUUCGAGAAGAAAAGGAAAGAGACCCAUUAGAAAAUAAUAUCAUUGCUAUACGUUCUGUAUUAAGGUCUACUAUGAUUGCAACCGUUAAGGAUCCAGAAAGAAUACUAUACAUUUUGCGGCAAGUUUUACAAAACAUGGCGAAUGUGGCAGAAAAGAUGCGUUUUCAAGAAUUUCAGACGAAAGCACAAUAAAGCAUCCCAUGAAAAUAUCUCAAAGCAAA